AUGGGUAACGUAGGAAGUUCUCACAGUCGUCGGAGACACGGUGGUGGCGGUGGAAGUGGCCGACGUGUUCAUCCGCCGGUGACUCCUCCUCUACAAGAAGCUGCGGCUAAUCAGUUUGCUCACCCUGCCGCUGCUCAACCGUAUCAGAAUUACCCGAAUAACUAUCCUCCGCCGGCGAGUGUUCCGAUGCCUUUACCGGCGCCGUAUGACCAUCAUCACCGGACGGCGAUGGACCCGGUAUAUGGACGGUAUCCGACGCUACCACAGGUGCCGGCGCCGUAUGUGGAACAUCAGAAAGCUGUUACUAUUAGGAAUGAUGUUAAUAUUAAGAAGGAGACACUGAGGAUUGAAGCUGAUGAGGAAAAUCCUGGGCAGUUUCUUGUUAAGUUUACUUUUGAUGCCACUGUUUCCGGAAGCAUCGCGGUUCUUUUCUUUGCAAAAGAAGGCGACGGGUGUGUCCUUACCUCGACAAAGGAAAAUGUUCUUGCACCGGUUAUCAUAAAUUUCCAGCAAGGUCUUGGCCAGAAGUUUAGACAGCCAUCUGGAACUGGUAUCAAUUUCUCAAUGUUUGAGGAAUCUGAGCUAUUGAAAGUGGGCGACUUGAACGUCUAUCCUGUAGCAGUUAAAGCAGAUGCAUCUUCCGGUGCCGAGGACGGAUCAAACGAGACUCCUAAAUCUGGCAGCAAAACAAACACAAACAACUCUCAGAUAACUCAAGCCGUAUUUGAGAAGGAGAAAGGAGAAUUCCGGGUGAAGGUUGUUAAGCAGAUAAUGUGGGUGAACGGAAUGAGGUAUGAGCUGCAGGAGAUAUAUGGUAUUGGAACUUCAGUUGAAAGUGACUUGGAUGGGAAUGACCCCGGAAAAGAGUGUGUAAUCUGUUUGUCAGAACCUCGCGACACAACUGUCCUUCCUUGUCGCCACAUGUGCAUGUGUAGCGGAUGCGCGAAGGUCUUACGGUUCCAGACAAAUAGAUGUCCAAUCUGCAGACAACCAGUUGAGAGGCUUUUGGAAAUCAGAGUUGGGCCUGAGCCUGAGCCUGAGCCAAAGGCCGAGCCCAAGGAGUGA